UUACGGUAAAUGUGUUGGGUUCUGUUUGGACUGUAGUCAGCGUGGCGCUCUGCGAGAGACAUACUGCCUUGGAUCUGUAAACUAUUGGAAGGAAAGUUCCUUGUCUACAAGGUCGUAACCGCCCCCCCUAUCAGCCAUGAGCAGCAAACCCCAGCCCCCUCUGAUGAAGAAACACAGCCAGACAGAUCUGGUGAGCCGGCUGAAGACCAGGAAGAUACUGGGCGUCGGAGGAGAGGACGAUGACGGAGAGAUACACAGGUCGAAGAUCAGUCAGAUGCUCGGAAAUCAGAUGAGGUUUGGCGUACGAGAGCCAAUAGGCCUCAGGAUAUGGAUUCUCAUGUCUGCUGUUCUGUUCACAACCAUAGCCUUAAUAGCUCUAGUGUUCCCCAGUCAGCUCUAUGAGUUUGUGUUUGAGCUCAGGACCACCAGGAUCUCCAUCAGACUCUAUGGAGGAGCACUACUCAGUGUCUCAUUGAUCAUGUGGAAAGGUCUGUACACAGCAGAGAAGGCCAUUAUCCAGUGGACCCUGCUGACAGAGGCCUGCCUCUUGUCUGUCCAGUUCCUGGUGACCAGCAUCACCCUGGUGGAGCUGGGUCUGAUGUCGAACUCUGCCAUCCUCCUCCUCCUCAGUGAAGUCCUCUUCCUCAUCAUCACACUCCUCUACUACUACCACCUGGGUCGCAGGACCAAGAAGACCCAGAACCAUACACAUAGUGCUGAUUAGACCCAGAACCAUAUACAUAGCUCUGAUUAGACCCAGAACCAUAGAUAUAGUUCUGAUUAGACCCAGAACCAUAUACAUAGCUCUGAUUAGACCCAGAACCAUAGAUAUAGUUCUGAUUAGACUCAGAACCAUAGAUAUAGUUCUGAUUAGACCCAGAACCAUAGAUAAAGCUCUGAUUAGACCCAGAACCAUACACAUAGCUCUGAGUAGACCCAGAACCAUAGAUCUAGUUCUGAUUCAACCCAGAUCCAUAGAUACAGCAGUUCUGAUUCGACCCAGAACCAUAGAUCUAGUUCUGAUUCGACCCAGAACCAUAUACAUAGCUCUGAUUAGACCCAGAACCAUAGAUAUAGUUCUGAUUAGACCCAGAACCAUAUACAUAGCUCUGAUUAGACUCAGAACCAUAGAUAUAGUUCUGAUUAGACCCAGAACCAUAGAUAUAGCAGUUCUGAUUAGACCCAGAACCAUACACAUAGCUCUAAUUAGACCCAGAACCAUAGAUCUAGCAUCUCUGAUUAGACCCAGAACCAUACACAUAGCUCUGAUUAGACCCAGAACCAUAGAUAUAGUUCUGAUUAGACCCAGAACCAUAGAUAUAGUUCUGAUUAGACCCAGAACCAUAUACAUAGCUCUGAUUAGACCCAGAACCAUAUACAUAGCUCUGAUUAGACCCAGAACCAUAGAUAUAGUUCUGAUUAGACCCAGAACCAUAGAUAUAGUUCUGAUUAGACCCAGAACCAUAGAUAUAGCAGUUCUGAUUAGACCCAGAACCAUACACAUACACUGCCCAAAUGGCCCCCUAGACUUACCCCACAUAGGACUCUGUUCAGAAGUAGUGCACUAUAUAGGGAAUAGGGCUCUGGUCUAUAGUAGUACCACUAUAUAGGGAAUAGGGCUCUGGUCUAUAGUAGUACCACUAUAUAGGGAAUAGGGCUCUGGUCUAUAGUAGUACCACUAUAUAGGGAUUAGGGCUCUGGUCUAUAGUAGUACCACUAUAUAGGGAAUAGGGCUCUGGUCUAUAGUAGUACCACUAUAUAGGGAAUAGGGCUCUGGUCUAUAGUAGUACCACUAUAUAGGGAAUAGGGCUCUGGUCUAUAGUAGUACCACUAUAUAGGGAAUAGGUCUCUGGUCUAUAGUAGUACCACUAUAUAGGGGAUAAUAGGGUGCCAUUUUUCAUGCACACUUUGAUCCCAGUUUCAUUGAGACAGCCCCAACCACUUAAAUCUGUUAUGUUCAUAGAUAAAGCUCUGGUUUAAUCUAGUUUAGGAAAGGGAUCUUUUUAAAUCUGAUUGCCAAAUAAUGUGAUUUGUAUUUUGCGAUAUGCCACUUAUUACAAGACACGUAAAUACACAUGUGCUAGUUACUGAACAUGUGCCUGCAGACAGAGAACAGUGUUGUUUUCAGACUGUGGGUCUCUUCUGUAGAUACCAAGUCCCAUGAGUCAUGUAGAACUUGUAUAAGCCUGUUUGGGGAACCCCGGGUUAGGGGCAGAACUUGUGUGUCGACAGUGAACAUACUUUAAUGGGUUGGGACAAGCGUUGAUCAUUUGAGUCAGCUGCGUAGUGCUCGGGGCAACAAAUAAAAUAAAAAAAACCUGGGGACCGAGUUUGGAAAACCCCGGGUUGGGGGCAGAACUUGUAUAAGCCUGUUUGGAAAACCCCGGGUUGGGGGCAGAACUUGUAUAAGCCUGUUUGGAAAACCCCGGGUUGGGGGCAGAACUUGUAUAAGCCUGUUUGGAAAACCCCGGGUUGGGGGCAGAACUUGUAUAAGCCUGUUUGGAAAACCCCGGGUUGGGGGCAGAACUUGUAUAAGCCUGUUUGGAAAACCCCGGGUUGGGGGCAGAACUUGUAUAAGCCUGUUUGGAAAACCCUGGGUUGGGGGCAGAACUUGUAUAAGCCUGUUUGGAAAACCCCGGGUUGGGGGCAGAACUUGUAUAAGCCUGUUUGGAAAACCCUGGGUUGGGGGCAGAACUUGUAUAAGCCUGUUUGGAAAACCCUGGGUUGGGGGCAGAACUUGUAUAAGCCUGUUUGGAAAACCCCGGGUUGGGGGCAGAACUUGUAUAAGCCUGUUUGGAAAACCCCGGGUUGGGGGCAGAACUUGUAUAAGCCUGUUUGGAAAACCCCGGGUUGGGGGCAGAACUUGUAUAAGCCUGUUUGGAAAACCCCGGGUUGGGGGCAGAACUUGUAUAAGCCUGUUUGGAAAACCCCGGGUUGGGGGCAGAACUUGUAUAAGCCUGUUUGGAAAACCCCGGGUUGGGGGCAGAACUUGUAUAAGCCUGUUUGGAAAACCCUGGGUUGGGGGCAGAACAUGUAUAAGCCUGUUUGGAAAACCCUGGGUUGGGGGCAGAACUUGUAUAAGCCUGUUUGGAAAACCCUGGGUUGGGGGCAGAACUUGUAUAAGCCUGUUUGGAAAACCCUGGGUUGGGGGCAGAACUUGUAUAAGCCUGUUUGGAAAACCCUGGGUUGGGGGCAGAACUUGUAUAAGCCUGUUUGGAAAACCCCGGGUUGGGGGCAGAACUUGUAUAAGCCUGUUUGGAAAACCCCGGGUUGGGGGCAGAACUUGUGUGUAGAGAGUGAACAUAUUUUAAUUGGCAGUACAAGAUAUAUAUUUUAAGACACACAGCUUUGUCUGUUCAUGUAGGUCUGGGUCAGAGAACGACUACUGUUGUCUAAUGUCCUGUUUCAUGUUGGUCUGGGUCAGAGAGUGUUGUCUAAUGUCCUGGUUCAUGUAGGCCUGGCUCAGAGUAUUGUCUAAUGUUCAGUUUCAUGUUGCUCUGGGUCAUGUUCAUAUUGGUGCAAAACAGAAGAAAAAAACCCAGAGUGAAACAGUGAGGUACUUACCUGUUCAAUAAGAAACGCUCAUGUCAGUUUUUUCCUGUUGCGUUCCCUGAUGACCACACCGCUGGUUCUGUUCUAAUAUAUGUUGUAGUAAAGGACAAUAACACUGGUUCUGUUCUGUUCUAAUAUAUGUUGUAGUAAAGGACAAUAACACUGGUUUUGUUCUGUAGUAAUAUAUGUUGUAUUAAAGGACAAUAACACUGGUUUUGUUCUGUUCUAAUAUAUGUUGUAGUAAAGGACAAUAACACUGGUUUUGUUCUGUAGUAAUAUAUGUUGUAUUAAAGGACAAUAACACUGGUUUUGUUCUGUUCUAAUAUAUGUUGUAUUAAAGGACAAUAACACUGGUUUUGUUCUGUUCUAAUAUAUGUUGUAGUAAAGGACAAUAACACUGGUUUUGUUCUGUUCUAAUAUAUGUUGUAUUAAAGGACAAUAACACUGGUUUUGUUCUGUUCUAAUAUAUGUUGUAUUAAAGGACAAUAACACUGGUUUUGUUCUGUUCUAAUAUAUGUUGUAGUAAAGGACAAUAACACUGGUUUUGUUCUGUUCUAAUAUAUGUUGUAUUAAAGGACAAUAACACUGGUUUUGUUCUGUUCUAAUAUAUGUUGUAGUAAAGGACAAUAACACUGGUUUUGUUCUGUUCUAAUAUAUGUUGUAUUAAAGGACAAUAACACUGGUUUUGUUCUGUUCUAAUAUAUGUUGUAUUAAAGGACCACAACACUGGU